AAAAAAUGGGUGACGCUCUUAUGGCAGAGUUUGGGCCUGCUGCUUCUUUUCUAAGAAAGUCAGACAUGGAGCGUCUAGAAGCCCAAACUCGUCAAUUUGACAUAAGGAAGGAGUGCUUUGUUCCUGAUGCUGAGGUUGAAUACGUCAAAGCAACCAUCAGUAGUCGUGAUGGUGACAAAGUCACUGCAGAGACUGAGUUUGGAAAGACUGUCACAGUGAAGGAGUGCGAUGUAAACCCUCAGAACCCGCCAAAGUUUGAUAAAAUUGAAGACAUGGCGAUGUUCACCUUCCUCCAUGAGCCAGCUGUGCUGUUUAACCUCAAAGAGCGUUACGCAGCAUGGAUGAUCUAUACCUACUCUGGGCUCUUCUGUGUGACUGUUAACCCCUACAAGUGGCUGCCAGUCUACAACCAAGAGGUGGUUAAUGCCUACAGAGGAAAGAAGAGGAGUGAAGCUCCUCCUCACAUCUUCUCCAUCUCUGACAAUGCCUACCAAUACAUGUUGUCAGACAGAGAAAACCAGUCAGUCCUUAUCACCGGAGAAUCUGGCGCUGGAAAGACUGUCAACACAAAGCGUGUCAUUCAGUACUUUGCCAGCAUUGCUGCUGCCCCAAAUACAAAGAAAGAUGCAGCUGCUGAAAAGAAGGGCACCCUGGAGGAUCAAAUCAUUCAGUGUAACCCUGCUCUGGAGGCCUUUGGUAAUGCCAAGACCAUCAGGAAUGACAACUCUUCCAGAUUUGGUAAAUUCAUCAGAAUUCAUUUUGACAACCGAGGAAAGCUGGCCUCUGCUGAUAUUGAGACUUACCUUCUGGAAAAGUCCCGUGUGACUUACCAGCUCAAAGCUGAGAGAGACUACCACAUUUUCUACCAGGUCUUGUCACAGCAAAAGCCUGAACUUCUGGAAAUGUUGCUUAUUACCAACAACCCCUACGACUACGCUUUCAUCUCUCAAGGAGAGACACAAGUAACCUCCAUCAAUGAUUGUGAUGAGCUGGUGGCCACUGAUGAAGCCUUUGAUGUGCUGGGCUUCACUCAGGAAGAGAAGAACAGUAUUUACAAGAAUGUUGGUGCCGUCAUGCAUUAUGGUAACAUGAAGUUUAAGCAGAAGCAGCGAGAGGAGCAGGCAGAGGCUGAUGGCACUGAAGAGGCUGACAAAGUAGCUUAUCUGUUGGGCCUAAACUCUGCUGACCUCAUCAAAGCUCUCUGUCAUCCAAGAGUCAAAGUAGGAAAUGAGUGGGUCACCAAGGGACAAAGUGUUGAUCAGGUCUACUAUGCUAUUAGUGCACUGUCUAAGUCAAUUUAUGAGAAGAUGUUUCUGUGGAUGGUAGUCCGUAUCAACCAACAGCUGGACACCAAGCAGCCUCGUCAGUACUUCAUUGGUGUACUGGACAUUGCUGGAUUUGAGAUCUUUGAUUUCAACACCUUUGAGCAGCUGUGCAUCAACUUCACCAAUGAAAAACUGCAACAGUUUUUCAACCAUCACAUGUUUGUGCUGGAGCAGGAAGAGUACAAGAAAGAGGGCAUUGAAUGGACUUUCAUUGAUUUUGGUAUGGACUUGCAAGCCUGUAUUGACCUGAUUGAAAAGCCCAUGGGUAUUAUGUCCAUCCUUGAAGAGGAGUGCAUGUUUCCCAAAGCCAGUGAUACCACCUUUAAAUCUAAACUCUAUGACAACCACCUGGGAAAAUCCAACAACUUCCAGAAGCCUAGAAUUGUGAAAGGGAGACCAGAGGCUCAUUUCUCCCUGGUCCACUACGCUGGAACUGUUGACUAUAAUAUCUGCAACUGGCUGGUGAAGAACAAGGAUCCUCUGAAUGAGACGGUUGUUGGUCUUUUCCAGAAGUCUACUCUCAAGCUUUUAUGCAACCUUUUUAUAGGGUAUGCUGGAGCUGACUCAGCUCCGGAAGCUGGUGGUGGAAAGAAAAAGAAAGGCUCCUCCUUCCAAACUGUAUCAGCUUUGCACAGGGAAAACCUGAACAAGCUGAUGACCAACUUGAGGUCCACUCACCCCCACUUUGUACGCUGCAUCAUCCCCAAUGAGUCCAAGACUCCUGGGGCCAUGGAGAACCCUCUGGUCAUGCACCAGCUGCGCUGUAAUGGUGUGCUGGAGGGCAUCAGGAUUUGCAGAAAGGGCUUCCCCAACAGGAUCCUCUAUGGAGAUUUCAAACAGAGAUACCGUAUUUUGAAUCCUAAUGCCAUUCCUGAGGGACAGUUCAUCGACAACAAGAAGGCUGCCGAGAAACUGUUGGGUACUCUAGACAUUGACCAUGAGCAGUACAGACUGGGGCACACAAAGGUGUUCUUCAAAGCUGGACUGCUGGGUACACUAGAAGAGAUGCGAGAUGACCGAUUAGCUCUAAUCAUCACUGGCAUCCAAGCUCGGUCACGAGGCAUUCUGGCGAGAAUUGAAUUUCAGAAGAUUGUUGAACGCAGGGAUGCACUACUUGUUAUCCAGUGGAACGUCCGUGCCUUCAUGGGGGUCAAGAAUUGGCCUUGGAUGAAGAUGUUCUUCAAGAUCAAACCUCUGCUGAGGUCAGCGGAGACUGAGAAGGAGAUGGCCAACAUGAAAGAAGAAUUCCUGAAGUUGAAAGAAGCUUAUGCAAAGUCUGAAGCUCGUAGGAAGGAACUAGAGGAGAAAAUGGUCUCUAUUCUCCAAGAGAAGAAUGACCUGCAGCUCCAAGUUCAAACUGAGCAAGAUAAUCUGUGUGAUUCUGAAGAAAGAUGCGAGGGUCUGAUCAAGAACAAGAUUCAGCAGGAGGCAAAACUCAAAGAGCUGACAGAAAGACUGGAGGAUGAGGAGGAGAUGAAUUCAGAACUCACUGCUAAGAAGAGGAAGUUGGAGGACGAGUGCUCUGAGCUGAAGAAAGAUAUCGAUGACUUAGAGUUAACCCUGGCUAAAGUGGAAAAAGAGAAGCAUGCCACCGAAAACAAGGUAAAAAACCUGACUGAGGAAAUGGCUGCUUUGGAGGAAAUGAUUGCCAAGUUGACCAAGGAAAAGAAAGCCUUACAGGAAGCUCAUCAGCAAACGCUGGAUGACCUGCAGAGUGAAGAAGACAAAGUCAACACUCUGACCAAGGCCAAGACUAAGCUGGAGCAACAAGUGGAUGAUCUUGAAGGGUCCCUAGAGCAAGAGAAGAAAGUGCGUAUGGACCUUGAGAGAGCAAAGCGGAAGCUUGAAGGAGACCUGAAGUUAGCUCAAGAGAGUAUCAUGGACCUUGAAAAUGACAAGCAGCAACUUGAAGAGAGGCUGAAAAAGAAAGAUUUUGAAAUGAGCCAAAUCAAUGGCAAACUAGAGGAUGAACAGGCGAUGAACGCCCAGCUCCAGAAAAAAUUGAAGGAGUUGCAGGCCCGAAUCGAAGAGCUGGAAGAAGAGCUUGAGGCAGAGCGAGCUGCCCGAGCCAAGGUGGAAAAGCAGAGAGCUGACUUGUCCAGAGAGCUGGAGGAGAUCAGCGAGAGGCUGGAGGAGGCUGGUGGAGCAACCGCAGCUCAGAUUGAGAUGAACAAGAAGAGGGAGGCUGAGUUCCAGAAACUCCGCAGAGACCUUGAAGAGGCCACUCUGCAGCAUGAAGCCACUGCUGCUACCCUGAGGAAGAAACAAGCUGACAGUGUUGCUGACCUCGGGGAGCAGAUUGACAACCUGCAGAGAGUCAAGCAGAAACUGGAGAAGGAGAAGAGUGAGCUCAGACUGGAACUGGAUGAUGUUGUUUCCAAUAUGGAACAGAUUGUGAAGUCUAAGAAUAAUUUGGAGAAAAUGUGCAGGACUCUGGAAGACCAGAUGAAUGAAUACAAAACAAAAUCAGAGGAAGGACAGCGUACCAUUAAUGACUUCAACAUGCAGAGAGCAAAGCUUCAAACUGAGAAUGGUGAAUUUGCAAGGCAGCUUGAAGAAAAGGAUUCCCUGGUGUCUCAACUCACCAGAGGAAAACAGUCCUAUACUCAACAACUUGAGGACCUUAAAAGACAACUGGAGGAAGAAGUCAAGGCCAAGAAUGCAUUAGCUCAUGCAGUGCAGUCCUCUCGUCAUGACUGUGACCUGCUCAGGGAGCAAUAUGAGGAGGAGCAGGAGGCCAAGGCUGAACUGCAGCGUGGCAUGUCCAAGGCCAACUCUGAGGUGGCUCAGUGGAGAACUAAGUACGAAACUGAUGCCGUCCAGAGGACCGAAGAACUGGAGGAUGCCAAAAAGAAGCUGGCUCAGCGUCUGCAAGAUGCUGAGGAGGCGGUUGAAGCAGUGAAUGCUAAAUGUUCUUCUCUGGAGAAGACCAAACACAGACUGCAGAAUGAGAUUGAAGAUCUCAUGGUGGAUGUAGAGAGGUCUAAUGCUGCUGCUGCUGCUCUAGACAAGAAGCAAAGAAACUUUGAUAAGGUCUUGUCAGAAUGGAAACAGAAGUAUGAAGAGUCUCAAACAGAGCUGGAGAGCUCUCAGAAGGAAGCCAGGUCUUUGAGCACCGAGCUCUUCAAACUGAAGAACUCCUAUGAAGAAUCUAUUGAGCAUCUGGAGACCUUGAAGAGAGAGAACAAGAACUUACAAGAGGAAAUAUCUGACCUCACUGAACAAAUUGGUGAGGGUGGAAAGAGUAUUCAUGAGCUUGAGAAGAUUCGAAAGCAGCUGGAACAAGAGAAGUCUGACAUACAAACAGCUCUGGAAGAGGCAGAGGCUACUUUGGAACACGAGGAAGGAAAGAUUCUCAGAGCCCAGCUCGAGUUCAAUCAGAUCAAGGCUGACAUUGAGCGCAAGCUGACCGAGAAAGAUGAAGAGAUGGAGCAAGCAAAGAGAAACCAACAACGCGUUGUCGAUACUCUUCAGAGCUCUCUUGAGUCCGAGACUCGCAGCAGGAAUGAGGCCCUCCGUUUGAAAAAGAAAAUGGAGGGAGACCUCAAUGAGAUGGAGAUCCAGCUUAGCCAGGCCAACAGGCAGGCAGCUGAGGCCCAGAAACAACUUAAAUCUAUACAUACACAUCUGAAGGAUUCCCAGCUCCACCUUGAUGACUCUCUUCGAGCCAAUGAUGAUCUGAAGGAAAACAUUGCAAUUGUUGAGAGACGCAACAAUCUGCUUCAGGCUGAGGUGGAGGAACUCAGGUCUGGUCUUGAACAAACUGAGAGAGGUCGCAAACUUGCUGAGCAAGAGCUGCUGGAUGUUAGUGAGAGGGUGCAGCUACUGCACUCACAGAACACAAGUUUGCUAAACCAAAAGAAGAAACUGGAGUCUGACACAGCCCAGUUUCAGACAGAAGUAGAGGAUGCAUUGCAGGAGUGCAGAAAUGCUGAAGAGAAGGCCAAGAAGGCCAUUACUGAUGCUGCCAUGAUGGCAGAGGAGCUGAAGAAGGAACAAGACACCAGUGCUCACCUUGAGCGUAUGAAGAAGAACAUGGAGCAAACCAUUAAAGACCUGCAGCACCGUCUGGAUGAAGCUGAACAGAUUGCCAUGAAGGGAGGCAAGAAGCAAGUGCAGAAGCUUGAGGCCAGGACCAGAGAACUGGAAACUGAGGUAGAGAAUGAACAAAGAAAGUCCAGUGAUGCUGUCAAGGGUGUACGAAAAUAUGAGAGACGAAUCAAAGAAUUGACCUAUCAAACAGAAGAGGAUCGUAAGAAUCUUGCCCGUCUGCAAGAUCUGGUAGACAAGCUACAGCUCAAAGUCAAAUCAUACAAGAGAACUUCAGAGGAGGCUGAGGAACAGUCCAAUAGUAAUCUCACCAAGUUCCGUAAACUUCAACAUGAGCUUGAUGAAGCUGAAGAGAGAGCUGACAUUGCUGAGUCUCAGGUCAACAAGAUGCGCACCAAGAGCCGUGAUGUGGGGCCAAAGAAGGGAUUUGAUGAAGAGUGAAGUUUCCUCAAGAAUGAUUGUUCCUGAGACCUGUGUAAUGGUGUCUCCCUAAGCAUGUCUUUUGUUCAGUAGAAUAAAUUUA